AUGCUCUCACGUGUUGCUGCUGCAGUGAAGGCACCCCGCACACACAACCGUCGCCGCGUGACCGGAUCCAGCGGAAGGAGGAGGGAAGGAAGAGAGAGUGAGCAGCAGAGGCCCAACAUGUCCCGGCGUGUGUUUACUUCCGCGGUGCCGCUUCUCCUCGUCGUGAUGAUGUGCUGCGGUACUGGUGGAGCUGCAGCCGCUGAUGAGAACGGUGAGUCAGAGACAGAUCCAAGUUUUGAAUGGAAAGUCAUCACUGGUGGUGUAACUGUGGAGUCGUUGGGUGUUCCCGGCCUUCUAAAAGUGGGGAGUGGCGUAUUUGCCGUUUUCGAGGCGCAGUGCAAAAAGAACGGUGAAAACGACAGUUUUACUGGCAUUGCAUCCCAACUUCUCAAGAAAACAGCGGAUAACCAAAAGGAGGAGGUGCUGAAGGAUGCCAAGGUGACACAAGUUUUGGAGGAAGACGGUUCCGAAGACCCAAAGAAGAGAGUAGACGUGAGCCGACCAACAGCAGUUGUGAAUGGAAGUGAUAUUUACAUGCUUGUUGGAAAAUACUGCCGUGAAGACGCUGCUACCUGUAAGGCUACGAGCGAGAAGUUCAAAUCGGGAUUAUUGCUGGUGAAGGGUCACGUCGGUGGCGAAACCGGCAACAAUCAAAUCCAUUGGAAGGAAACCGACGGUCUACCGCGCAUUCUGUUGGCGACCAACACAAAUCCUUGGAGCGGCUGA